AUGACGUCCUUCUCACGCUCUGCAGAGAUGUUGAUUGAGGACCGCAAGGCUGUCGAGAUGAUGCUAGUUGAUCUCGAUGUUGAUAUUGAACACCUACCAUAUACUGCUCCUCCUGGACUAUCUCAGCAGAUUGCUGACAUCUCUGGCUUGCACUAUGUGGAUCUGCACACACGUAGGGACUGCAUUGAUGUCCAGACCGCCAAUUGGAAUCUUCAGAUGGAACAUCUCAUCAGUGCUUAUUUGGACUACCGCACAUGGGAUUGUGGUAACGGCAUGCCAAUAUCGAGCUCAUUGACGCAUUCAGUUGAAAAUGUGUUUCUCUGCACCCUCAAAACAUUCCACAAGUUUCCAAACGAGAGUCUUAUCUAUCAUGGAUACCUGGGUUGCUCUCCGCUUCACCUGACUGUUGCUAUUUCCCUCCACACACUUGCAGCAUAUUGA